UUCCAAUGUUUUAUUCUCUACAGAUCUGAGGUCAGUGUCCGCCCCAGUAAGACCAUGAGUUUCUCCCCCACCCCCGUGGGCCCCCCCGGCAGCCGUGGUGUCCAGGAGCAGAGAGAGAAGUGGGAGAGGAAGAGAACCCGUACAGUCAGGGCCCUGGUCCAAACGGAACAGAAAUACUGUAAACAACUACAACUAGUCAACACGUACUUUGUGGAGAUUCUGAAGGCCAAAGGCACCCUGAGGCAGGACAUUAGAGAAAGCAUCUUCAGUUCCAUUCCAUCCGUCUAUUCAGUAAACCAGACGUUGUUGGUCCGUCUGGAGAACGGGGACUUGGGGCGUGGAUUUGAUGACUUCUGUCCUCACCUCCACCACUACGUUACCUACGUAGACAACAUCCAGAACGCCAACAAGGUCCUGGCGCUCCAGGUAAAGAAGAACAAAGCCUUUAGAAGGUUUAAGAAGCUCCAGGAGUCCAGACCAGAGUUCCUCAACUGUAAACUAGAGGACCUGCUCCCACUGCCCAUACAGCGCAUCCAACAGUACAAGCAUUUCUUACGGGAUCUGUCAGAGAACACGAGUCCAGAUUACCCAGAGUUCCAACCGCUUUCAAGGUCGGUGAAGCUGAUCUCUGAGGUAUCCCAGCGUAUCCAGGACAACGCCCGCAGCCAUGACAACCACCUGCAGCUGCGGCGGGUGCAGAGACUGCUGAAGGGGAGAAAGACCAGGGUGGUAGCUCCAGGACGCUGGUAUCUGCGUGAAGGCUGGCUGCGUACCGUCCCCCCUAAAGGAGCAGAGGUCAAACCCAAGAUGUUCUUCCUGUUCAGUGAUGUCCUUCUCCAAGCCAAGCCCUGCCACCCUCUCCAUCCCACCAACGGAGAUAAGUUUGCUGGCCAGAGAGUCUACCCACUGAAGGACUGUACUGUGGACAAGGUGUUUGGGCACACCCAGAGCCAGGGCGGCCUUCUCAGUUUGACCUUCCCUAAAGCCAAGCUGCUGCUGAUGUCCAGCGAUCAGGAAGAUAUCAACGACUGGUAUUACAGCCUGAGCUCUGCUGUAGGACAGUUGAAGUCCAGGAACACAGUGGUCCAUCAGAGAGAUGAUCUGGUCAGGAGACCUCUACGCUGCUUUGUAGAGGACCAGAAGAACCAAACUACCCCUUCCACACCACCCACCACCCCAGGGAGGAAGAGGGUGGCCCCCCCUCCACCCCAGACCCCCUCCAGACCUACCGCUCCGGCAGAAGCAGAGGGCAGCGCCUCCAAGAGGAUGAAGCUGACUGGGGGGCCAGCUGAGAGUGAAUCGGCCAGGUCAAGCUGUGUGAUCCUGUGAAGGACCAAGAACUUCAGAGAUCCUUGUUCUUUCACACAAACCAAUCAAGUCUGACAGAUAAGCGUCAAUGGUGGGGAUAUGGGAGGUAGUUAGAUACUGGAGAAUCAGGUUAAUGGGGGGUAGUUAGAUACUGGAGAAUCAGGUUAAUGGGGGUAGUUAGAUACUGGAGAAUCAGGGUAACGAGGGGAUAUGAGGAGCGAUUGGAGGUAGUUAGAUACUGGAGAAUCAGGUUAAUGGGGAGAGACGGGAGGUAGUUAGAUACUGGAUAAUUAGGUUAAUGGGGAGAGAUGGGAGGUAGUUAGAUAUGAGGAGAGAUUGGAGGUAGAUACUGGAAAAUCAGGUUAACGGUGGGAUAUGAGGAGAGAUGGGAGGUAGUUAGAUACUGGAGAAUCAGGUUAAUGGGGAGAGACGGGAGGUAGUUAGAAGAUAUAAAAUGUGAAGAUUUUAACACUGAUGCCAAAGACACACUUUGAAACACCUUCACGACAGAAGCUCAAGCAGAUGGAAAAUGUGAGAUUUGACUCUGAAAGAAAUGAAUGUUUUGUCCUGAAUAGAAUGUUGCCAUUUAUAUGUCAGAGCAAAAGCUCAGCAGGAAAAUACUGUAUUACUAGAUUGGGAAUCAAAACUGUCCCCUGGGAUAUUUUUGGCAGCACAACACCGUGUCAUCUGAAUGUUAAAUCGUGAUUUAUACUGUCUAUUUACAUUUAAUUCAGACAAGAGCUGAAAUAUUAGUAACAUGCUUGUCUCUAUGGUAAUAUACAGUAUAUUAUAAUGGUAACAUAUCAUGCUUGUCUCUAUGGUAAUAUACAGUAUAUUAUAAUAUUAGUAACAUAUCAUGCUUGUCUCUAUGGUAAUAUACGGUAUAUUAUAAUAUUAGUAACAUGCUUGUCUCUCUGGUAAUAUACAGUAUAUUAUAAUAUUAGUAACAUGCUUGUCUCUAUGGUAAUAUACAGUAUAUUAUAAUAUUAGUAACAUGCUUGUCUCUAUGGUAAUAUACAGUAUAUUAUAAUAUUAGUAACAUGCUUGUCUCUAUGGUAAUAUACAGUAUAUUAUAAUGGUAACAUAUCAUGCUUGUCUCUAUGGUAAUAUACAGUAUAUUAUAAUAUUAGUAACAUGCUUGUCUCAUUGGUAAUAUACAGUAUAUUAUAAUAUUAGUAACAUGCUUGUCUCUAUGGUAAUAUACAGUAUAUUAUAAUAUUAGUAACAUGCUUGUCUCUAUGGUAAUACAGUAUAU